GUUGUAAGGAGUAAGGAAACAGAAACAAACGCUGAAGGGGCAAAAGAAACAGGGUCCUGUGGGAGUCAAUUGAAGGGGUUGAUGAUGGAAAAAGCACAUCAAGUCCAGCAGUGGUGGAAAUUAAGAUGGCUAAGCUUCAAGCAUGCUACCAUUGUUGUCUGCUUAUUCAACGUGCUCACUGCCCUUUUCUUGCUUCAGGGAUUCCUCUCUGCUUCUUCUUUUGGCAAAUUCUCUUCUUCUCACCAAUCCAAUUCAGUUUUACUUAGGCACAUUAAGGAAUCCGAGGAGAUACGCCGUGCCAUGAUACCUGUGGAUUUGAUUAAAAGAGUGAAAGAAAUUGAAAAAGAAGCACAUGUAGAACCAGAGGCUGUAAAACAGAAAGAUACCAAGCAGGGUGCUGCUUCGGACUUAGUAUCUAGGCUGAAUAAUCUUCGCUCAUAUUCAGAUGCUGGCAGCCUCAAAGCUCUAGAGGAAUGGCGUAAGAGGAAGAUGGAACGUGCCAGACAGCGAGAACUCGGGAAGAAUGGAACUGUUGUCUGACAGCUUUGAAUUUUGUAAAAGUUUAAAGAUCAACAUUAUGAGCCAAUACAUCAUCUGCUAUCGUUUUCUAUGUGAUACUAUGGCUUGUGCGUGUAUAAGAUCAACCCCCUGGAUUGAGUUUAAUCAUAUAUAUAUUACUUAAAAAGAGGACGAUUGUCUGUGUGCUUGUUGCACAGACCGAAUUCUAUGAAGGUACGCA